AUGAACCCAGAUGAAAAAAAGCCUGCCGACCUGAAUGAGUAUUCCAAUGUCAGGAUUGAUGAAUUUCAGCUGGGAGUCUGGAGAUUCAAGAUCGCCACAGAAACGGGGUUCAAUCCGCAGAAGUACUGGGAGGAUGUAAAGGUCUCUCUUCCCUUGUUCUUUCGUCUGGCUGUGGAUGUUUUCACAAUAUCCCCUCGGCUUUUUACAAUUUACAUUGUCUGUCAAAUCUGGCAAGGAAUCGAAGACACGAUACUUCUUCAACUCUCCAACAACCUCCUAAAAACAGUCGAGGCCGGACUUGUGGCAGGGAAGCCUGAUUCACGGGCUAUUGCAUCUGCAAUGUUAACCCGUGUACUCUGCACGGUAUUUGUGUCUUAUAUCCAGUGGUAUGGGGCAAAGACGUUGGAAAUAUUGGAAAAUCAGGUUACGAGACAUUAUGAGCUGAUUCUGAUGCAAUCCAACCUCAGACUCGAUUUGCCAACUUCGCAAGCUCCCGGAAAUAAGCAAGAAGCAACUGCGUCACAGGCAUGGGACUGUUUACAGAACAUCAUCAAUUUCGCAACAAUGAUGCUCAAGUCGUUCAGUCAGCUAUUGCUGAUCUUCCAUAUUUCACGUUCUAAUGGGGGGCCUUUUUUCGCUAUUUUGUGUGCCAGCGAGCCAAUAUCCUCGGUUCUUUUCUCUCGAUCUGCGUGGAAUCAAGUUUGUUUCGGAUUCAUUAAUAACACCUACUAUCAACGUAUGAUUUCUCUAAAGAAGAUGGUCAACGAUAAAUAUAGACAGGAUAUUAUCAGUGGCGGGUUGGGACAGUGGAUCAGCAAAGAGUUUAAAUUAGCUCAUACACAGGUUGGGAAUUUGUCAGAAACCCACCCAUUUAUUCAAUUCAGCAGGGUUACUACUACUCCAUUUAACUCUCUGUGGCAUAGGUUUCUCGGAGACCUUCCAAUGCUAUACUGUGCUUCCGAGGUUAUGUUGAGACCAACGAGGUUAUCCCUAUCGUCGAUCGCUAUUUUGCAACAGUCCUCCAGCACUGUGCGAAACUCCAUAUCGUUCGCGUUGCACAGCGGAUCACGCUUCCAAAAAAACUUGACCCUAAUUAAGACUAUAUACAACGCAACUAUUGUCAAAAAUACCAUGAAAGUAGGGAGCGUAUCAUACCCACACAUUCCUGAAAAUCCGAUUGCGAAUGUCAACCCAUCGAAGGGCAUGUCCUUCCAGCUAAAAAACGUCACAUUUUCGUACAGCGGUGCACAAAAGGAAACCCCCGCACUGAAAGAUAUUAAUUUGACCAUUAAGCCAGGUUCACUUGUUGUGAUAGUUGGAGCCAACGGCAGCGGAAAGUCCACUCUAAUCAGAAUCUUAUCCCGGCUGUACGACCCAUCGUCAGGCGAAGUACUUAUUGAUGGCCUUCCGUCCUCCGAUUAUAAGAUUGAUGAUCUCCAUCAAGCGACAGCACUUUUGAGUCAGGACAGCACACUAUACCCCUUAUCUCUAGCGGAAAAUAUUGGCCUCGGCUGUGAAGAAUAUGUCCACGACAUGGACAUGAUCACUGAAGCAGCAAAGCAAGGCGGCGCACUGCAAUUCACGGAAAAGUUCAAGGAAGGGAUGCAGACAAUGUUGGAUCCAUGCAUUCAGAGUGUCCAGAGGGGUCUCUACGGGAACCACAACCAUCCCUUAUACAAAGAGAUGCAGACUAUGAAGAAGCAAAUAGAUAUUUCUGGGGGAGAGAAACAGAGAGUCGUUGCGUCACGUUCAUUUAUGCGAUUUAAAUCUGGAAAGGUCAGCUUUGUAGCUGUGGACGAGCCAAGCUCUGCAUUAGACGCCGAAGGAGAGCUUGAUCUCUUCAAAAAUCUACUUGCGGUGCGAGAUGGGAAGACGAUGGUUUUUGUCACCCAUCGAUUCGGACAUCUUACAAAACACGCAAAUCUCAUUCUAUGCAUGAAAGAUGGAUCUGUCGUCGAAUCAGGAACACAUGAAGAUCUCAUGAAACUUGACGGAGAGUAUGCGAAGUUGUACAAUAUUCAAGCAAAUGCUUUUUCAGAUAAAUGGGAAAUUUGA